CUGUGUACGACCAGGCUUCUUUAUUUUGUAUUUGUUAUGCAAGCUGAACUUCAACAUAGACAUUCAAGAUGCGAGACUCUAGCGUCACCUAGAAAAUUAUACGAUAAUUUACUAGUACACAUUUCGCAGAAAUUUGAUAAUAGAGAGAAGGUUUUGUUCGAGUUCUCAUUUAGGCAUGAUAUGCCAAUGCGAGUUCUGGAAACCCAAGAACCACUGAAAUGGUUCCGCUGUUUGGAACAACAAAUGAGAUUGUCGUGGAACGACGUUAACUGCUUGGUCGAUUUUCUCGAAGAAGCAUCGCUUGAGGAACUCUUAACUGUUGCUCGGGAUUACCAAGCAAGAAUUACAGUGAUUACAUUUUUUCAGAAGCAUCUUCAAGCAAAAUUCCCUGAAUUACGUCUAAGCAAUAAACUUCAAGAAAAAUGGUAUUCAAAACAGAACUUGCCGAAGAAUUACUUGAGAAGAUGUCGAAAACUUCUUCGAGGAAGAGGAGUAAAUCGCGAUUUAUCUAUAAAUUGUGUUCGCAGCCUUUUUUCCAAAGGUGUCGUUCUCUUGGUAAAGAGCUGUUCUCCAGUUUUGCCAUCUAGUAAUGGGUUGCAGUCAGUUUGUCUCAAGCUUCUCUACUUGGCGGACUUAUUUUAUCACAGAUUUAAGGCAAUGAUCAUUGAUAACGACGAAAUGCUGAAUAUUAAGCUAUUGCCAUCUGGUAAAUUUUUUGCUCACGAUAAUCGUAUACUUACACGAAAAUCGGUCAAUCCGAAGGUCAGGCCUGAUCAUGAAAUGCCAGCAGUUCAGCAGGAAAUAUCCCACAGACGCAGCUCACGUGAAGUGUUUGAAUUUCAUGUGAGACUAUGUUUUACUUUUCUACUUGGGCUUUUUUCAAGCUUGCAAGGCGAUGUUCUACGAUCCAUUAAGAUACAUCAAAUCUAAGGACGUGAAGUAGUACUGUCUUAAUUUCCACAGUUUCACUACAGGAAUAAAAAUUAUGGACACUUUAUGGUAAACAAGGUCAGAGCUGUAUGUAAAACUAAUUAAAACUGGGUUCCUAACACUCAAUCCGCUUAUUUCAUUUCACGUCCGCGUUUGGUGUGUCUUAAGUUCCCUAAUGUCGGUGAUCAAUGAAACGACGAUGACCAACAAAUUUGUAUGUUGUGUGUGGAUAGCGUGUGGAUCAAUAUUUUUUCAAAGAAUAAAUCAGUAAAUAAUUUAUUUCAGUUACCAAUUAAAACAUUUCAUGCAAGAAUGAUACCGACAAUAACUAUCGCCGUCGCUGAUAAAUUACGACACAUGUUAAACCAAGCCUAAUUGUGACUUUUUGGCACAGACUGGCUAGAUUAAGAUGGAUCGAUACAGUUUUCAAAAAUUUCGGUUCUCUCAAAAUAUGUUUAAAUUCGUUUUUGUUGUCUCUGUAUCGAGUCACCUUAUUUAACUUCGUCGUAGGUUGAAGAUGGUUCCUUAGUGUUUAUGUAGACGUCCUUUUCGGCUUUUCUGUUUCAAACUUGGAUGCAUGGUGGUAAACGGAUGCUUGCCUCCCACUUUCUUUACCUCAUGCAUUUCUGGUGAAUGCUUGUUUGCUGAUAGAUUGUGCAGGGUAGGAAAUGGGGCACUCAACUUCGAAAUCCUUUUUGUAAGAUAUGCACAAAAAGAGAGAUUGAAAACUAAAAUUAGCAAUUUCCUAUUGUCAUUUACACAAUCAAUUCGAUGACGAAAACUGAAUUUACUUAUAGUGGCGACUGGCGGGCUUUAAAACGAAUAGGAGCCAUCUUUGAUCUAAUGGUAGUAAUGCUAUAUAUAUAAGCCUUAGAGUUAUUAUUGCGUUCGCGAGGUACUGCUUUCUGCUGUACUCAACUUCGAAAGGGAGUGCACUGAGUAAAUUAAUUAAUAUGAUAAAUGAUAAAAUGUUGGUGUGUGAGACACCUAAUGUUUAGAACGUUUUAACAAAACCUCGAAACCAUCUUUACUAAACAAGAGGUGCUAAGAGGUAGGUUAAAAUGUGUAACAAUGAUAAACCUUUAGCGAGUGCGAAGGUUAUCGAGCAUAAUGUACGUAGUCCAUUAAGCUGAAGCAUGUAGUGCAUGAAGCUGCUACGAUUGUGACAAACGUCGCAAGACAGCCUUAAAAUUAUCCUUGGUGGAGGCUGUAAUAAUGGACGAUGUGUGAUUGAUGUCAUAAAACAAACGGUGGUGCAUAUAAAUUGCGAUAAGGUCACUAUUUCCUCAUGGGGUGCAUGAAGCCCUCAUGAAGAAUGACGUAAGUAACCUCGGAACAUCUUCAUAAAAGAUGCAUAGAGAGAGGUUUCGCUGUUAAAUUGUAAAUUAAUGAUAACCGGACAGCGAGUUGCUGGCAGCGGUUAUCUGGCAGAUGCAAACGAUGCCCGAAAACUUAUUUGAUACCAUGUAUUGCAUCACAUAUUGCCUCAAAUCAGUGCGUGUAAGUAACACGUACGAGAAGUGUUCCCUCGGGUUUCACUUUCUCAAUGAAGAAUGUGGUAACACAACUUCAAAAAUUUUGUUUGACAUAAAGAUAUGUUAAACCUACUUUAUAAAACUCCACAUUGUGACGAAUUGUUGAUUCGUAAUGUGUGAAGGAGUGUAUGAAGAUUACUGUCAUGCGACUUACCGCUAACAUGCACCGCUCUGGGAUUAUGUUAGAGGUUACGUCGCAAAACAAUGCGGUGUAGGAAACUCCUAUACUAUUACGUCGAAGGUUGCAACACAGCCUUUGAAUCUUUUUGAUACAAAAUGUACAAAAGGAUACAUGUUAGACCUAAGAGGCAAAUGAAUAAACACUCAAACACAUAUUGAGAGCUUCCAAUAUGUGGACUGUCGGGUGAAAGCCUCGAAAAGCUCUUCGAUUCAAGGUAUACGAAGACUAAACUGAUGUUAGUACAGAUAUAUGAUAAUAUUGCAAAUUAAUGCACAUAUAUCAAUAACGUGCGCAUGAGACGGCAUGCCACGAUUACGCCGGGCGACAAUUCUCGUCGGUGAACAACCUCGAAAACUGCUUUGAUACCAUGUAUUGUAUCAUACCAUUAGUAGAGGUUAAACUUAGCAGUUUAUACGAUAGGCGAUAGCGCCCUGUCGAGUGUAUCAUGAGUAUUAAAUACCUAGGUGUGUAUCAUUCUCUAGUAUGACUAUGUUAUUAAAGAAAUUUGAACACAACCUAAUCUUUGAUUUUUACACGUUUGAUAUAAGUUGAUAAUUGUAAACAUGUAUUAGUAAAAUAUUUAGAGGGUUUAGUAAUUAUUAAUAUUAUAGAUUUUUAGUUUGCCUAAAAAUUACUGCAUGUAUAAGCGGUAAUAAUUCUGUAAAUUAAGCUUUAUUGUCUAUAUAGGGAAUAUUCAUGCAUGUUCAGUAACGUAGCCAGCCUGACUAUAUGUCCCGCUAUGCUAAUA